AUGACGGUUGUGCCUUGAAAAAUCACAAGUUAACUGCGCCGUGUUUACUUUCCUUUCUACACAGCUAAAGAACUGCUUUGGUCCGGAACGUCGUGAAAUAAAUGCUUGUUUAAUCAUGUUGUGUCAUUUAGUGAACAUUAGCCAGUAAUUCAGAUAGCAAAGACCAAAAUACACCAUUUCUGGUCGUUUAUAACCACUUACGCAACUGUAAAUAUGUGUUCAUGACACAAAUACUGGCACGUUUACAUAAAAAUUGUGCAACGCAGCAGUGGUAGUCAAGACAAAGGAGUUGGAUUCACGUUAGAGAAAAUCAAUAGUAACAAGCUAACAACAAAGGAAACGGCUACAGAACAGAAUCAAAGAAACAUGAAAUACCAAAAUCCACAAUCAGAACAUAAUCAAGAAGCACCACAGAACAAAUUCAACUGAAAGGCUUGAAAGAAGUGGACGACCCAAGAAAAUUACGGGUACAGCAGAAGAGAUUCAAUUUAUUUAUUCCGGGACCUUUUAAAAUGUAGAAAACAUUUGACGGUUAUGAUGAUAUCCACCCGUUCAUUCACCUGGGAGAUGUUCCAGUGUGAUAGAGGCACACAGACCUCCUGAGGAGAGUGUGUGUUAGAGGGGGAGAGCGUGAGGAUGUCCCGGCGUAGCCAGCGCCUGGUCAAGGGGCGGUACUACCAGGGCGAGGAUGAUUCCAUCAGCAACAGCUCCACCGGAUCAGCUUCAGGGAACCCUGUGUCCUACAGAGAGAGCCCAGUCAGGAUAUUUAAGAAGAAGAGCACCACUAAACGUCAGACACCCCAGUACUCCGCCUACACCUCCAACGAAUCACUGGCCAGCUACACCAGUGAUGCCCUGGAGGAGCCCAUCAAAAACUGGGUUAGCAACGUGAGCAUGCGGAACGGCAGCCCAGGUUCCAGGGGGAGCAGCAAAGACAAACUGCUCUCCUCUUCAGGGUCCACGAGCCCAGCCUCGGACCUGCUGCCUCCCUCCAGCCUCCUCUACAACAGCAACGCCUACAGUGACAGAGUGCCAGCGAGCAGGAAAGCACUGAGCGACACCAGCAGCAACCGCAGCUCCACCUACGAGAGCCACGCACCCCACAUCGACCCCUUCGGAAACUCCUCAGGGUACUCGUCAGAGGAAGACUACAUCGGUCGACAGCAGUCUGAUGCAGGUACAGCCCAGGGAUUUGCUUUGAGGGAUGUCCUACUCUUACCAGGCAAGGCGAUGGGCAUGCUGUUCUGGUGGCUGGGGACGGCCUGGUACUGUCUGACCAGUGGGGCCUCGCUGCUAGACGUGUUUGUACUGACCAGGCAGAGUCACUUCCUGAAGAAGGCUGUGGUGUUUCUCUUGGCUCUGCUCCUGCUUGGCGUUGGGCUCUGGUGCUUGUACCCUCUGGUCUGGAACCAGUCUGACACAGUGGUACCAGACCCGGUUUGGAAGAUGGUUGACGAGUCCAAAGCGGCGCUGUCUCAGGAUAGCAAAGCACCGGCAUCAAAGCAGGACUCGGCGCUAUUGACCCGGCUGGCUGCGGUGGAGAGGCAGCUGCUCACCCUGAGUUCUCUCCGAGAGUCAGCACUGGAGAAGGUGGAGAGCAUGGAGAGGGAGCUGGAGAGAGAGAAGGAGGAGCGUGGCAAGCAGAGGGAGAGAGCCCUGACCAGCGAGGGCGUGACUAAACUCAUCCACACCGCCAUCGGAGAGAGACAGGGCAGAGUCCAAGAGGAGGAGAGGGAGAUGGUCAAGGAGGAGAUUAAGCUUUUACUGCAGGACAGGGAGGAGAAGUGGAGGGAAGAGCUGGAGCAGCUCCAUCACAAAUCAGAGAGAGUUCAAACCGAGCUGUCUCAGAUGAAAUCUGGAUUCCAAGGCCGCCUGUCUGAAGAUCACACCAGGCUGCUCUCUGAGCUGUCCCGUCUGGAGCAGCAGCUCCACGCUCUGCGCAGCGAAGUGACCGGACUGACCAGCGCCCAGAGCACCAUGCAGAGGGAGCUGGAGACACUGCCCGCCACGCUGCACACCAUGAAGACUCAGGUGCAGUCGGAGGUUGGGCAGUGGCUGAAGCAGUACCUCUCCGAGACAGAGGGGGGUGCUGCUGCGUCGCUGGUGGAGCGGGAGGAGCUGCAGGGGGCGCUGCAGGAGCUGGAGAGCAGGAUCCUGGAGAGACUGUCUGAGGAGAGAGUGCGCAGAGAGUCGGACACCAUCGGAAUGGCGCACUCCAUCGGAGACACCUUGCACCUGGCUGGUGUGGGCGGAGUCACAGAGCAGGCUGUGCACAGGAUAGUGCAGCGCGCUAUUAAUCUGUACAGAGCUGAUGGGAUCGGACUGGUAGACUAUGCCUUGGAGUCAGCAGGUGCCAGUGUGAUCAGCACGCGCUGCUCAGAAACCUAUGAGACGAAGACCGCUCUGCUCAGUCUGUUUGGCAUCCCUCUGUGGUAUCACUCCCAGUCUCCGCGCGUGGUGAUACAGCCAGAUGUGCUCCCCGGUAACUGUUGGGCGUUUCGGGGGUAUCAUGGCUUUGUGGUGAUUGAACUGGCCUCUCGCAUUCGCCCCACUGCUGUGACUCUAGAACACAUCCCCAAAUCCAUCUCUCCCAUGGGCAAGAUCGACAGUGCACCCCGGGACUUUGCAGUCUACGGUUUGGACAAUGACUCUCAAGAAGAGGGCACUCUUUUGGGACGUUUUACUUACGAUCAGGAUGGAGACCCUCUUCAGACCUACCAGCUAAAGGCUGAUCAGAUGGGUUCAUUCGGACUGGUAGAGUUUCGAGUGCUGAGUAAUUGGGGACACCCUGAAUACACCUGCGUUUAUCGGUUCAGGGUGCACGGGGAGCCAGUGAAGUAGCCCCCCAACCCGCAGACAACUGUUACAACACCAGACAGCAGGAAUGAACAAACAAAACAAAAAAAAAAUAAAAAAAACACAUGCAUAUUUCUAGGCUUUGCAAAUGCUGCCAGACCAAAAGCAACAAAAAAGAGAGACUUCUGAGAAAUAAAAUGAAACAACAUCCCGUACUUGCACUUUUUUGUUUUUUUUUUGCAACUAAACGGCGAUUGUGAAAUGCUUUUCUUUUUUUUUAAUAAUAAUACUAUUUUCAGAUACUUUGAACUGGCUUGAGGAUGUUCAAAGCAGCUACUAUAGAAAGCCUCAGAAUUAAUUCUACAUGCAUUCCUUUUAAUGAAUAACAGUUGUUUGAAGGUCUGCUCUAGGGGAGUCAGAAUCUGCAGGCUGCUUCGUAUAGUUGAGGGAACAGGUUUUCAUUUAAAGUCAGAUUUUUCCGAUGCAUUUUGGCUUUUCUGCUCAUUAAUGUGUCAUACUGCGUGCGCCACCUACUGUACCCUAAGGGUAUUGCACUAUACCGGCCUUCCGCCACCUCGUAGGACUUGGGAGGCAUUGCGCUGCCCCCUCUGGUCGCUGAUGACACUUGGGAUCAGGAAUGGGUUGAAUGCCAUGGCUGCCCCAGAAGCUGUUAUUUCAACACACAUCUCUUGUGUCAAGCUCUAGUAUUUCAGCGAUAUAUAUCCUGGCUAUGGGCUGUUAUUCAUGUUAGUACGACUACCUUAUAGUGUUUGAAUGAGUUGGAGCUCAAUCCCAUGGAUCUUACCCGCCCUUUGCCUCCAUUCUCUAUGUGGGUGUGCAUGGGCGAUUUUCAAAGGGACACACAUUACAGCAAAAAAUCAAUGCAAUGAUCAAAGCACAGCACUGGCUGGAAAGCAUGUCCGUCAUUGGAAGAAGCAGCUGAUUGGUUAAUAACAGCAAAAAAGGCAUCGAAGGGGCGGGGACAGUUUCACUUUCCACUGGUGAGCUGAGAAUUGUAUGUAAAUAUCAUUUAAAUUAAAUCUUGCUGAAGUCCACAAUGAUUUUUGUAAUUAUUGUAUUAGCUAGACCAUGUGAUUGGUCCAACAAAUCUAUUUAAUUGUCAAACUAGCAUGCUGCACUGAAGACUAAUAUGUGUGUAUAUAUGUUUAAAAAGUUACAUGCAUCUUUGUAUUGUUAAUGUUUUGCAAACAUGCAGGGAAUGUAGGACUAGAUUUCCCUGCCUUUGUAUUCUGAAUGAAUCUGCAGUAUUUACUAUAAUGAAUGUUUGGGUAGAUAGGUCAAAAGCACAGCUCUAUGAAGUGAACAGUAUUAAUGUGUCUGCCUUCCUUUCUUGUUUGAGGGAGAAUACAGUUUGGGUGUAGGGCUAGAGCUCAUAAGGACAUCUUUGUCCCCCAUUGCUCCCCUUAUAAAUGUUUACCAGGGUAUUUGUGCAGUUUUCCCAUGCUUUACCCAUGGCUAUACUAUGGCUGGUAUGUCAUUUCUAUUAAUAAGCUUUACCAGACCUCUCUGUACUUUACAAUGCUUCCCUAUGCUUUACCAGACCUCUCUGUGCUUUACAAUGCGUCCCUAUGCUUUACCAUACUUCUCUGUGCUUUGCAAUGCUUCCCUAUGCUUUACCACACCUCUCUGUGCUUUGCAAUGCUUCCCUAUGCUUUACCAUACUUAUCUGUGCUUUGCAAUGCUUCCCUAUGCUUUACCAUACUUCUCUGUGCUUUGCAAUGCUUCCCUAUGUUUUACCAUACCUCUCUGUGCUUUGCAAUGCAUCCCUGUGCUUUAGAUUUCACUGUACUGUAUUAGACUUUGCUGUGCUUGUACUGUGGGACACUUUUAUAAGGCGCUCUCUCUCAUGCUCGCAAGGGAUCUUCUCUGUCCUUCUAAUUAGGUAGCAGGCUACAGAAACUGCAGCUAUUUCUGCUGUGUAUCUCUCACCCUUUCAUCUAAAAAACCUCCUUUUUACAUCCAGCUCCCUGAGAGGGUGACUGGUCCAUGUUUGGUACUGGGAGAACGUUUAAUUUCCUCCACUGUAACACUGCUUAGAGUCCGUCUCUCUGGGCUUGCUGUUUCGUUUGUGUCUGUCUGGUUUGCACUCCCUGAUUCUCUGGUUUUUAUUUGGUUACGAUCUGCCAGUGUUUUAUAUUUCUUGCUCCCAUUUUGCCAUUUCUUACCCUCGAGCAAAGAACUAGGUAGAAAAAAGGCUGGUUUUGAGUAUUUUUUUUUUCCAUGGUAAAUGUGUUAUUUGUUAAAACAGUUAUUUUAUUGUAUUACAUGUUCCCAUGUGUUGCUACAACUGUUUACGGAAGGUGUGUGUAUUGUCUUAAUAAUUAGAACUACAUUUCCCAUCAUCCUGCUGCUCACUGGUAAAUCCAUCUGAGUUACAUAUGUGAGCAGGAGAGUGAUGGGAAAUGUAGUUCUAAGUGGUCCAUGUGGGUACAUAUGAAGCCAUCUUGAGGCAGGUAAUGCAAUUUAAACGUUUAAAAAAGUGGUCAAAAUGUAAAAAAAUUAAAACAAUACACACACCUUCCGUAAACAGUUGUAGCAACACAUGGGAACAUGUAACACAAUAAAAUAAAAAGGCCCUUAUGUGCCCUUUAAGAUCAGAUUAUUUGUCACAAACUGCCGGAGCAGGAUUGUGAUAGAGACGGCUUGUUUUGAGUCUCUUGUUUUCCAUGGUAAAUGUGUUAUUUAUUAACACAGUUCAGAUCAGAUUAUUGACAGUGUCACAAGCUGUCGGAGCUGGAUUGUGAUAGAGACGGCUUGUUUUGAGUCUCUUGUUUUCCAUGGUAAAUGUGUUAUUUAUUAACACAGUUCAGAUCAGAUUAUUGACAGUGUCACAAGCUGCCGGAGCUGGAUUGUGAUAGAGAUGGCUUGUUUUGAGUCUCUUGUUUUCCAUGGUAAAUGUGUUAUUUAUUAACACAGUUGAGAUCAGAUUAUUGACAGUGUCACAAGCUGCCGGAGCUGGAUUGUGAUAGAGAUGGCUUGUUUUGAGUCUCUUGUUUUCCAUGGUAAAUGUGUUAUUUAUUAACACAGUUGAGAUCAGAUUAUUGACAGUGUCACAAGCUGCCGGAGCAGGAUUGUGAUAGAGGCGGCUUGUUUUGAGUCUCUUGUUUUCCAUGGUAAAUGUGUUAUUUAUUAACACAGUUCAGAUCAGAUUAUUGACAGUGUCACAAGCUGCCGGAGCAGGAUUGUGAUAGAGACGGCUUGUUUUGAGUCUCUUGUUUUCCAUGGUAAAUGUGUUAUUUACUAACAGUUAAAAUCAGAUUAUUGACAGUGUCACAAGCUGUCGGAGCUGGAUUGUGAUAGAGAUGGCUUGUUUUGAGUCUCUUGUUUUCCAUGGUAAAUGUGUUAUUUAUUAACACAGUUCAGAUCAGAUUAUUGACAGUGUCACAAGCUGUCGGAGCUGGAUUGUGAUAGAGACGGCUUGCUUUGAGUCUCUUGUUUUCUCUUGGGCUUCACCUGAGUCAAAGAGAGUGGAAAUAAAGAAGUGUGGAAAACAAAACGAGCAACAGCAAAACAAGAAGGGACUUGAGAGAAUGAUGUUCUGCUGAUGAGAGGGAAGACACUGUUUAAAAGCCUUGACACCUGUGCAAUAUUUCUGUAAAAAAUAAUAAACAUUAGUACACUUGCUAAGGUUUGAAAAUUAGGCUCCUUUGUUGUAUAACAUUGUAUUCCUUUUUUUUUUUAUUUGCACUGCUGUACAUUACUGGUUAAUGUUGUUUCAGACAUAUAAUUAUUAUUUUAUUGUUUUGCUUUUUGUAACUGUUUGUUUUCUAAUUAAUGUUCAUUGAGAAACCUGACCUCAGAGCUGCUGCCCUUUUCACUGUUUCUAUCAAAAGUCUGCUUUGCAAAUAAGCCAUCAGAGCUUCAUUAAAAAAAAGAUUCAACAUCAA